AUGGAAUCAGCACAAUUUAUCGUUACCUCAUCAUUAUUUGUCGGUGCAGCCCUUAUUCUUACAUUCGAAUCAUUCUUCCGAAUGUUAGUAGUAGACACGGUUAAUGAUACAAUAAAAGACAAGAUAUGGAUCUUUUGUCUUAUGAAUAUAUCAGCUCUUAUUGUUGAAUUUACUGGACCUAUGAUGAUAGUGGCACUUGCGUAUUGUUCAGAUCCAGACUAUUUUAAAUCAGAUUGUUCAAAUUGGUUUUACAUAGCAAGGCCUGAUUGUGGAAGUUUUUGUUCAAAUGAUUAUUACGCGAUAUCAUGUUACGUGACAGAUAACAUCAGAACAGUUUUUUAUAUCAUAACCAAAACAUUUUUGAUACAUUUGGCAUAUUUACGGUGUAAAUCUGUAUACUCACUAUAUAAUUCACCCAUAUUUAAAAGGUUUCAUAUAAUAAUUAUUGGUGUACGCAUUAUAGAGUUAAUUCUUUUAGCAGUAGUCAAUGGUUUUGAUACUUUAAAAUGCCAAGGUGCAUAUUGCAAUCCUGAUCAUCCUGAAUGUCUGUUCAUCCCUGUUGUGAUGAAUAUACGAGAGAUAGUUGUGCAUAUUUUUAGACUCUAUUAUAUUACUUCAGAGUCUAUAUUUUAUUAUCAUCUUUGGCGUAUGUUUUUGGAAACAAAUAUUAUGAACAAGAAAGGAAAAAGAAUUAUGGAGAAAAAGAGAGAGAUCAUCUAUCAAAUAAUUUUAUUCGCUCUUGACAUAUUACAACUCAUGGCAAUUGGUAUAUAUCGAAUAAUACGCCUCUAUUAUAAAACCAAUAAUUAUUUAAAUUUAAAGACACAUAGAUUUGCUGAUAUAUUAAGUACUGGGUUCACUGUUUUUGUAAUGACAAGAUUUGGAAUUAACAUACCUAAAUUAUUUAUGAACGACGACUGA